AUGCCCACCACACUACCACUUGGCCAUGUGCUACAAAUGGAACCACAUGUAUUCCAGGAAAUGCUGGACACUGUUGGCCCUCUCAUCUUGGUCAGCCCACCAGAGGCACUUGAAUUUGACAUUUCGACACUUUUUGGUCUGAUGGACUUUCAGGGUGUCUCACAGUGUAUAGACUCCAAUGGGGAUGAGGACUAG